CCUUCCAACCUCUCUUCUCUCCAUUCCCCUUCCAAGUCAAAAGAGAAAAAAGGGAAAAAGAAGGCGAGACAGCGGCAUCCGCUAAACCCCAAAUCUGUGCGUCGGCCGCCGCCCGCCGCCGGACGGAUCCGGCCAUCUCUCGAGAAAAGAAAAACAAGAAGGCAAGAAGACGAAAAAUAGGGAAAAAAAGAAGAAGAAAGAUAGAGACGAGAGAGAGAGAGAGAGGCAAUUUUUCAUCAAGAACUUCAAUAGGUAGGGUUUCGGAGAUUUCGUUUACCAGUUGAUUUUUGCUGGACGGUAUAGUGUUUAUGGAUCCUAUGAUGGAAGAGCAGUUGGAUUAUGGGGAUGAGGAGUAUGGGGGAAGCCAGAAAUUGCAGUACCAGGGAAGUGGAGGAGCGAUCCCGGCAAUUGCAGAGGAGGAGAUGAUGGGGGAGGAUGAUGAGUAUGAUGAUCUCUAUAAUGAUGUCAACAUUGGUGAGGAUUUCAUGCAGACCAUGCAGCAAAGGCGCGAGCCACCUGUUUCUCUCAGCAAUGGUGGAUUACUUAACCAGAAGACAGAUGGCCCUGGUUCAGCCACUCCCCAGAUGGGAGGCCAGGCCAGUGUGAGCAUCGCAGGACUUGGGGAGGAAGGGAAGGAGCUGAAGCCUGCUUAUGGGCCCCUGGAAACUGAGCAGAAGUCUGGUGGGUUGCUUGCUAGAAAGGGAUUGGAAGAGGGGAGUGGUGAUUUUCCUGAAGGGUUUUCUCAUCAAGGAAGUAAGGCUCCAGAGACUGUCCAAGAGAGUAAUGUAGGGAAUGCUGGGUUUCAUGGAAAUUCUGCAGCACCUUCGCCACCAAAACCUGGUAUGGAUCCCAAGUAUGCUGGUGGGCCUUUGUCACUAACAUCAGAUUCGGCGAGAAGUGGUGUCAGGAACCCCCAGCCGGUGCCUGUGAAUCAGGCAGUAACAACUGCCGCAUACCAUGUGGUGAUGAAUGAUAAUUCAAGGUCAGGAAUGGGAUUGGUGGGUAAUGAUGGCGCAGCCAUGCUCGUUGUGGGGGACCUGCACUGGUGGACAACUGAUGCUCAGCUUGAGAGUGUGAUGUCGCAGUAUGGGAGGGUGAAGGAGAUCAAGUUCUUUGAAGAGAGAGCUAGUGGGAAGUCGAAGGGUUACUGUCAGGUUGAGUUCUAUGAUGCUACAGCUGCAGCUGCCUGUAAGGAAGGAAUGUAUGGUCAUGCUUUUAAUGGGCGAACUUGUGUGGUGGAAUAUGCUUCUCCUCAGAUUUUGAAGCAGAUGGGUGCAGCUUAUACGAGCAGACAAUCUCAAGCACAACCUCAGCAACAGGGAAGGAGGCAGAUGAAUAGUGGGAUGGGUAGAGGUGGUGGAUGGGGUGGUCGAGGUGGACAGGGACCGCCCAACAGGGGUCAAGGCAAUGCUGGGCCCAUGAGGGGAAGGGGAGCUAUGGGUGCAAAAGGAAUGGGGGGGCCUGGUGGUGGAUUUGGGACUGGGGCCACUGGUGGCCCAUAUGGGCCUGCAGGAGGGAUGAUGCACCCGCAGGGAAUGAUGGGUGCAGCAUUUGACCCGACAUACAUGGGUGGAGGCGGCCCUUAUGGAGGCUUUUCUGGUCCUGCUUUUCCUGGGAUGAUGCCUCCUUUCCAAGCAGUGAGCAGUGUUGGCCUUCCCGGAGUGGCACCUCAUGUUAACCCAGCUUUCUUUGGCCGUGGGAUGUCUGGAAAUGCAAUGGGAAUGAUGGGUGGCAAUGGGAUGGAAGGGCAUUCUGCAGGGAUGUGGACUGAUAUGGGCAUAGGUGGGUGGACAGGGGAGGAUCAUGGAAGAAGGACAAGGGAAUCAAGUUAUGGUGGUGAUGAUGUUGCUGCUGACUAUGGCUAUGGGGAGGUGAACAAUGAGAGAGUUGAGAGAUCAAAUGCAUCUCGAGAGAAGGAAAGAGGUUCAGAGCGGGACUGGUCAGGGAGCUCUGAGAGGAGGUAUCGUGAUGAGAGGGAAAAAGAGCGGGACAGGUCUGAUAAGGAACGAUACAGGGAGGAGAAAGACAGGUAUAUGGACCAUAGGCAGAGGGAUAGAGAUUGGGAUAACGAAGGUGACUGGGAUGGAGGGCAUUCUUCUUCCAGGUCUCGAAACAAGUCACGGACGGUGCAAGAAGAAUAUUACAGGUCUCACUCUAGGGAUGCGGACUAUGGAAAAAGACGUCGCCUACCUUCGGAUUGAAGGAUGUUUUCAAAGAACUGAUGACGGCAACUGGUUUCAUAUUCCUGGGGUCAAUCUUGGGUGCUGACUGCUGCUUGCCACUACUCUCGCUGCUAAUGGUUGGUACCGCAUGCAGGCUAGCCCCUGGGAUGAAAAGUAAGUUAAUGAUAGUGGUAUAGAAGGAAGACUGUCUACUUUUAUGUUUGCUUAUAUCAGAACAUUCUUCGCUGCAACAAUUAACAUCCAUGUGCGUAAGACAAUUAAUAGUAUUUCUUAGCCUUUUGAACCUUCCAGAGGUUGGCCGUAACUGGCUACGACUUUGCCAGAGUUCUUUUAUCUUGAAUAAUUACUAUAUAAAACACAUGACUUGGUGUUUAUAAUAUCCUUUUACUAA